CGGCGCCACCGCCGAUUUUAAAUAGCAUCUUCCGACUGGGUCCCGCGGUCUCAGCCCCCGACCUCGGCGCUGCCUGGGCUCCCGCAGCCUCUCCCUAGGUCUCCCAACGACCGCCGCACGGAUUCCUUAUGGAUCGCAGCUCCAAGAGGAGGCAGGUGAAGCCUUUGGCAGCUUCUCUGCUAGAAGCUCUCGAUUAUGAUAGUUCAGAUGACAGUGAUUUUAAAGUUGGAGAUGCCUCAGAUUCUGAAGGGAGUGGUAAUGGAAGUGAAGACCCCUCAAAGGACAGUGGAGAAGGUUCCUGUAGCGAUUCUGAAGAAAAUAUUUUAGAGGAAGAACUAAAUGAAGAUAUUAAAGUAAAAGAAGAACCACUUAAAAAUUCUGCAGAGGAGGAAAUACUGUCAUCAGAAAAACAGUUAAUUAAAAUGGAAAAGAAGGAAGAAGAAAAUGGAGAAAGACCUAGAAAGAAAAAGGACAAAGAGAAGGAAAAAGAGAAGGAGAAAGAAAAAGAGAAGGAGAGAGAGAAGGAGAAAGAAAAAGCAACAGUAUCUGAUAAUGUGGCUGCUUCUGCUGCUGCCACCACACCAGCCACAAGUCCUCCUGCUGUUAAUGCAUCUCCUUCAGUCCCUACUACAACUACUACAGAGGAACAAGUCAGUGAGCCAAAAAAGUGGAACCUUCGUCGAAAUCGACCACUUUUGGAUUUUGUGUCCAUGGAAGAAUUGAAUGACAUGGAUGACUAUGACAGUGAAGAUGACAAUGAUUGGCGGCCUACUGCAGUAAAGAGAAAGGGGAGAUCUGCGUCUCAGAAAGAAGGAAGUGAUGGAGACAAUGAGGAUGAUGAAGAUGAGGGGAGUGGGAGUGAGGAGGAUGAGAAUGAUGAAGGCAAUGAAGAAGAUCAUAGCAGCCCUGCCAGUGAAGGGGGUUGCAAGAAGAAGAAGAGUAAAGUUCUUAGCAGAAACAGUGCUGAUGAUGAGGAACUGACCAAUGAUAGCCUGACACUAUCUCAGAGCAAGAGUAAUGAGGACUCGCUGAUUCUUGAGAAGAGUCAAAACUGGAGUUCUCAAAAAAUGGACCAUAUUAUGAUUUGCUGUGUUUGUCUUGGAGAUAAUAGCGAAGAUGCUGAUGAAAUAAUUCAGUGUGACAAUUGUGGCAUUACAGUUCAUGAAGGUUGUUAUGGAGUUGAUGGAGAGAGUGACUCGAUUAUGAGUUCAGCUUCUGAAAACUCCACUGAACCUUGGUUUUGUGAUGCCUGUAAAUGUGGUGUUUCCCCUAGCUGUGAACUAUGUCCUAAUCAGGAUGGAAUUUUCAAGGAGACAGAUGCUGGAAGAUGGGUUCACAUUGUUUGUGCCCUUUAUGUUCCUGGAGUAGCAUUUGGAGAUAUUGACAAAUUACGACCAGUAACACUAACCGAAAUGAAUUAUUCCAAAUAUGGUGCCAAGGAGUGUAGCUUCUGUGAAGACCCUCGUUUUGCUAGAACUGGAGUUUGCAUUAGCUGUGAUGCAGGGAUGUGCAGAGCCUAUUUCCACGUGACUUGUGCCCAGAAGGAAGGCCUGCUUUCGGAGGCAGCAGCAGAAGAGGAUAUAGCAGACCCAUUUUUUGCUUAUUGCAAGCAACAUGCAGAUAGGUUAGAUAGAAAGUGGAAGAGAAAAAACUACUUGGCUCUACAAUCCUACUGUAAAAUGUCUUUACAAGAAAGAGAGAAGCAGCUAUCACCAGAAGCACAGGCAAGGAUCAAUGCCCGGCUUCAGCAGUAUCGUGCCAAAGCAGAACUAGCUCGAUCUACCAGACCCCAGGCCUGGGUUCCCAGGGAAAAAUUGCCCAGACCACUCACUAGCAGUGCUUCAGCCAUUCGGAAACUGAUGCGGAAAGCAGAACUAAUGGGGAUCAGCACAGAUAUCUUCCCAGUGGACAAUUCAGAUACUAGUUCUAGUGUGGAUGGAAGGAGAAAGCAUAAGCAACCUGCUCUCACUGCUGAUUUUGUGAAUUAUUAUUUUGAGAGAAAUAUGCGCAUGAUUCAAAUUCAGGAAAACAUGGCUGAACAAAAGAAUAUAAAGGAUAAAUUGGAGAAUGAACAAGAAAAGCUUCAUGUGGAAUAUAAUAAGCUAUGUGAAUCUUUAGAAGAACUACAAAACCUGAAUGGGAAACUUCGAAGUGAAGGACAAGGAAUAUGGGCCUUACUAGGCAGAAUUACAGGACAGAAGUUGAACAUACCGGCAAUUUUGCGGGCACCCAAGGAGCGAAAACCAAGUAAGAAAGAAGGAGGCGCACAAAAGACAUCUAUUCUUCCUACAGUACUUUAUAGUUGUGGAAUUUGUAAGAAGAACCAUGAUCAGCAUCUUCUUUUGCUGUGUGAUACCUGUAAACUCCAUUACCAUCUUGGAUGUCUGGACCCUCCUCUUACAAGGAUGCCAAGAAAGACCAAAAACAGUUAUUGGCAGUGCUCAGAAUGUGACCAGGCUGGGAGCAGUGACAUGGAAGCAGAGAUGGCCAUGGAAACUUUACCAGAUGGGACCAAACGAUCAAGGAGGCAGAUUAAGGAACCAGUGAAAUUUGUUCCACAGGAUAUGCCUCCAGAACCCAAGAAGAUUCCAAUAAGAAACACGAGAACCAGAGGACGGAAACGAAGCUUCAUUCCUGAUGAAGAAAAACAUGAGGAGAGAGUUCCUAGAGAGAGAAGACAGAGGCAGUCUGUGUUACAGAAGAAGCCCAAGGCUGAAGAUUUACGAACUGAAUGUGCAACUUGCAAGGGAACUGGAGACAAUGAAAAUCUUGUCAGAUACCCUUCAUGAGACCCAACUCUGCCACAGCUCAUCCUCGGAGGCAAUCCUGGAAACCUCUUUUAUAAGUGUGAUUUUAAAAAUGUGGAUAACACUCUCAAUAGAGUACAUAAAGUAAAGGAGAACAGCUAUCUUGUCCUUCCCAUAAGCUUAUCACUGCAAAAAGUUGCCUUUGCUUGUCAGGUUUGGAUAGAAUGUAAUUGAUUGGUUUGUUACCUGGACUGACAAGGCAUUUAAUUUGCCUGUGUGGACUUUUUUUUCUAUUUUUUUUUGCACUAAUCAGAAAUAUUUGAUAUGUGCAUUGUUGAAAAAUACUAGAUAAUGUCUUGUCAGAAUUGUCCUAUUAAGUAAUGUUUUUCCCUCUUGCUUCUUUGGCAAAUGAUGAUAUACAGUAUUUGGACUUACUGAAGAGCUAUGGAAGCCGAUGGGACUUAACUGCAAUGUGCUAUUACUGUUGUUGAUCACUACCAGUAACAAACAAGAAAGACAAUGCAUUCCAUUAGUCUGCUAUUCUGCUUCAUCCAACUCAAUAUAUAUAUUCAUAUAUGAAAUGCUACAUUGAGAAACAAUUAUAGACUCUUACACUAAACAUUAUUUCUAUUUAUCAUAUUCAGUAAGAGUGAAAGACUUGUAAAGCAUAUGUAUUCUAGUUUUGACUCAUUGUGUGAAAGCGCUGGUAUUAUUAGCAUGAAAUUUUUACAACUUCAGAUUUGAAGCUCCUAAGUAAGAGUAUGUCUGUGUUGAUCUCUAGAUAUUUUUUAGUAAUGCCCAAAUUUAUUCAGUCCUUAUUGACAUAAUACAAACUUUCUGUAUUCAGUAUAAUUUUAUUUUUUCAACCUUAAGGAUGAGGUUAAGAAAUAAGGAGAGAGAUACAAAGCUUAUUGACUAUACAAGUUGCCAGCUGAAAGAUCUUCAUCAACAUCUUUAUCUUUCCAGAAGUUUACAGAAUUAAAUUUUGAUCUUCAAGCUUUAAUGAUCGAGGUUUAAGGCAACUACAGAAAUUUGUUGAAUAUUUCAUCACUCCAUCUUGAACUGAUUUAGAAGAGACUCUUUGCUGAAAUUGAAAUGCACAUAUACAUGUAAAUUGUCAACUUGCUUCUUGGAAUUUCUUGAUCUAUAAAUGUGGUUUUGGACAUCUUUUCAGGUAUAGUGGCAAAUGAAAAUAGUUUAAACUUUAGGAAUAGAGUAGGCAAUGUGAUAGAUAAUCAAAAGCAAGUGUAAAGUUACUAGUAAUCUAUAGUUAUAGUAAUCAACCAUAUUAUUGGAUAAUAGUAAUAUGUAUAUAAAAUAUGUAUAAACUGAGAUUAAGGAUUAUCAAAAGUUCUUAUAACAUUGGAGGAAAAGUAUUACUACCUAUAGCAAACCAGGAAGCUUUUGUUUUAAGAAUAAGAAAGGACUUACUAUUUAUUACUACAUAAGUUUACUAAUGUUGAUAAUUAUUAGUAUUGCCUGGACUCCAACUGAUUUUAAGAAAAAUUACACAUUGCCAUUUUCUGAAAAGAAUGUGCUAAUGUGUUAUACCCUGGCCCUCCUUUGAUAUAUGGUGAGAAAUUGCUAGUGAUAAUUUUAGAUUUCCUUAGAAAUCAUUAAGCCUUGUGGUUUUGGUAUAACCAUUAAUCACAAUCCCUUCCACCUUGGUUCUAAUUAGAAUACUACAUUAUUAUUCUCUGUCUUGCAGCCUUCAAUGGUAGAUAGGCUAGCCCUAAGAAUAUUUGUCACCCAUCACAAAUAUAAACUGCAUAACUCGUAAUUAUUGGUCCUAGAAACAGGUAUUUGGAAUAAGAGAACUUCUGAAGGGAGUAGAAAACACUUACUCCAAAUAAUCUAAAUGCUUUCACGGUACAAAAUUAAUUUUUACCAUAAUGGUCCAGUUGCUAUGCAAAGAAAAUACUAAUAUGUGCUUAAUAAAAUAUGGACCAAUUCACAGACAAAUGUGAGAGAAAACUGCACAAUAGAUAAAUGAUGGCUGUUUGUUAUGCAACGGGGAAAGAAAAAACACUAAAAUAUCAGAAAGGAAAUGAAAUGACUGGAAUACAAGAAUGACACAAGUAGUGGUUCUCAGCCUUUACAGUGCAUCAGGAUUUCUGCCAUAUUUCCCUCCUCCUCUUCCUUCUCCCUGCUUUACUCCCUCCUCCUGGCUCCCAGCAGUUUCUGAUGCAGUGGGUUUGCAGUGAGGCCUGAAAAUGUGCAUUCCUAUCAAGUCCCCAGGUGAUGCUGAUGCUGCCGGCCAGGGACACCACUUUGAGAACCAUUUGUAUAUAUUUUUGAAAGAAUCAUUGUGUUGUGAUUGACAUUGAUUGAUUGUUGUUUUAAUAUCCUUAAAAAGGCACUUACAUUUUUAAAAAUAUUUGUUUCCGUAUAAAAAUGUUUGUGGUAGUUUCAUCUACAACACAUACAAUAUCAUUUCUUCAUUUUCAUAAAUUCAGUUAAAUGUUUAUUUUAUACCUAUUAUGAGGGAAGCAAUAUUUUAGAUUCAGAAAUGAAUCAAGAAACAUGUAUCUUCAUCCAUAAUCCACUAAUUCUUUUUGAAAAAAGAUUUGAAAUUAGGAUAUUUGAACAUGAAAACAAAAUUUAGCCUUAACCUUUAUCCAUCUUAAAUUUAGAAAUGAUAUUUCUCUAUCAUUAAAUAUCUUUGUUUAUUAUGUGUUUCUUGAAUUUUUAUCUAAUUUUACAUUUAUAUUAAAAACUGAUUACUGACCAUAAACAAUAAGAAUAUUCACACCCAUUAUCGUAUUUUCCUGGGUUUAUAUUCUACUACUUAAUGAGACCACUCUUUUUAUUUUAAUUUUAAUCUUUUAUUGUUGAGACUAUUACAGAUGUCCCCCCUCCCCCCCCCCCCCUUUUUAAACACUUAAUAUUCUUUAUUUGACAAAAGUUACCACUGUUUUGCUUGAUUCCCAGUAUGGCAUAUUUUAUGAAUAUUUCACCAAAAUCUAUUCAAGGAAUUUAGAAGGACUCUCUGCAGCAGAAUGAAGUAUUAACAUUGUUAAUUUUAUUUUCUGAAAUAGUUUUUGAUGGGUUGAAACUUGUAUAAGAGAUUCAGCUUUAGUGCUGUAUGGCAUAUGAAGGCAGAAAUCUUUUUCUGUAAUCUGAGUCAGCACUUUGUUACAUUUUACAUAUACUAAGGAUUGUGCAUAAAAAUAUUUCUGAGAUGGACAUGCUUUGCAAAUACAUUCUUAAUAAAAAUGUAGACCUCUUUCUCCCAGCACUCCCUCUAAGACUUUCUGCAGGUCUGCUGAUAAGAUUCACUGCUGUUCAGGCACAUAAGAAAUAAUGAAAUUGGAUGCUCACGCUGGGCUUUGUAAAUAAAAUGAGAUUGACCCC